UCUAUGGUACGAUGGAUGUCAUUGAGUUUUGUAUAAAAUAGAAAGAAGCUUUUUGUGUGAUUAAAAAUGAAGAUAUUUUCGUGAAAUAUGUACAUUUUUUACAAUUUUCCGAUAGAUAUAAGUUAAAUAAUCAUUUAGUAGUAGUUAAGGCAUAAUAACAAUGUACAGUGUUAAGGCUAAUUGAAGUUCCGACGAUGGCGUCCGAUGGAGAAAUUUCAUGUACGAAUGAUCCAAAUUUCGCUGUUAUUUACUCAUUUCUGAAAGUAUUUGGAAAGUUAUAUGGCUUGGAAAUUCCAACGAUAGCAAAACUUCAAGAGUGUAUCGAAAAUACCCAAGAAGUUUUAGAUCCGCUGAAAGAAUUACAUUUAAGAUUACUGCGGCGUGCAUUGAAAUCGGUGCAAAGUAAUCGAUGGGAAAGGUGUCUAAUAAAAUUCUGUCAUCAACAAGGCAAUCAUCAGGAAGCCUGGGAAAUAGAACGAUUUUCUUACAAGAAAGCUAGCACGCAAGUAAAACUGAAAGUAUUGAAGCACCUCCUAGAAUAUCAGUUUACAUGUCAUCCAAAGUUUAAGUCGGCAGUUAACUCAAUAGUUUGUAAAGAACUUCGGUUGGAUCCAAUUGGAAGAGACAAAAAUGGUUGUGUAUACUGGUAUCAAGUGGAUGACGAUGCCAACUUGUGUUUAUAUAAAGAAGAUCAGGAUGAAGAAACAUGGCAAUUGGUGGCAAGAAAUCGUGAAGAGCUUGUUAAAGUUAUAACACAGUUGAAAAAGGGUGAAGAUAUUUGCCCCCUGUUUUCUAAUGCUGCUCAUGAAGAUUCUAGUAGUGCAGAUGUGCCGCCACAGCUAGAGCCAGUAAAGCCAGAAGUAGAAGAGGAAAACGAAGAAGAGUUCCUAAGUCCAGAAUCUGAAUCAGAACAUGAAGAACUACCUGUUUCUGAUGAUAUUAUUAAAGCAGUCUCUAAAACAAAAGAAUUAGAUACAAUUAGCCAUAAAGAAGAUGUAAGCUGUUCAGAUAAAAAUACAAGUGACCAAAAUAAUAGAAUAUCCAUCACACAGGAAAUUGAAGAUGAAACAAAAAUGAAAAAGGAUAAAGAAUUGCCUGAAGUAAUUGAUGGGCAUAGUAAAGUAAGGGAUGAAGUAAGUAAAAACAAUGAAGACUCAAGUGAAAUAGAUUUAAAAUUAAGUAAAGAUAAUGUAGAUUUAACUAUAUCAGAUGCAAUAUUAAAAAAAGAUGAUGAUAUAACAAAUAAAAAAGAACAGGCCACUAUUAAAGAAAGUCCGAGUGAUUGUAAAGAAAAUCAAGAAUUGUAUAGUAGUAAAAAUUUAAGUAAAGAAGACAGUGAAUGUGAUGAGAAGAAUAAUACGCCGACUGAAAAUAAAAAAGAUGUGAAAGAUGAAAUUGAAAAAGAAGAUAUAGUUAAAAUCAAAGCUGUAAGUAGUUCAGUUACAGAAGAACUUGGUGAAGCUAUAGAGGAACCACUUAUGGUUGUUAAAGAGGAAGGAAAUGGAGCAGAUUGUGAGAGUUCCUACAUUGGCGAAGAAAUAGUUGAAGAUGUUAUGUUCUUUUAUGGUGAAGGUAACGGAUAUGACAAUGAUACUGGAAACCCAGAAAUUAUUGAACAAGGUAAUAGUCCAGAGAAAAAUUCCGAUGCAGAAAAUGGUAAUGAUGACUUGCAGAAUGGGGAACAUGAACUCACAAAUUCAAAUAGUAAAAAUAAUAAAUUAAGUAAAACUGUAAAGAUAAAAACUAGUACACCCACUGUAACUAAACGCGCGUUAAAAAAGCAGCCUAAUGACACUAAUGAAGUAUUAAAAUCAGAUUCAAAAAAACAUUGUAUAAGAAGUUUAAAUAAAUCUGAUAGUUCAAAUUCGAAGAAUGUCAACAAAGAGUUGCAACAGGAGAUAUGUGUAAACGAUAAAAGCAAUACAGAAAGUGAGAGUCCAUGGAAAAGUAGAAUAAAAAAAGGCAGAACUAAAAUUAAGAAAAAGAAAGUAUUGUCAAAUAAAACAGAAUUAAAUGAGAGAAAAAAAGAUGUAAAUAAUUUAAGUGUUAAUUACAAUGAUAGUAAAACAAGUAUUAUAGAAAAAAGAAAGAGUAGUGUUUCAUCUGUGGAACAAGAAGACGCUGAAAAUGCAGAUACUGAAAAAGAGAAAAGUCCUGACAAGGAUCUUAAAGUAGAAGAACCUUUGCCACCUAAAAAAAUAAGAUUAGAAUCCACACCAGAAAGUGAUAUUAAGGAGUCAGCUCCCCCAGAAAAAGAUCCUCUAGAUGUAAAUAACAGUAAUGACAUAAAAAAUGCAUCUGUUGAUAACAAGGACAAUAUAAUUGAAACUGAUUCCAUAGCACAAAGAAAAAAGAUUAAAGCUAGUAAAGGAAAAUUUAAAAGAAAAAAGUUUUUUAAAAAUACUUCUGACAAUGAUAGUACUAUUUUAAAUAAAAGUGCUGAUAAAGAUGAUUCUGUCAUCAAAGAAAAGAAAGUUAGUAAAUCAUUGAAAAGAUCAUUAUUAGAAUCGACAAUGAGCGAUAAAAGCAAAUCUGAGUCUCAUAGUGAUAGCGACGAUGAUGAACCUGUAUCUAGCGGCAAAAGAUUGAAAACUAGGCCUAAAAAAAUUAUAACAUCAUCAAGAAAAAAAGUUGAAGCUAAAUUAUUGGAAAAACAUUCAACAGAUGAAUCUGAAGAGGAAACAUUGUACAGUCUAGCUGGUAAGAAAGCCUCAAAGAAAAUAUUUAAAAAGAAGUCCCGUGGCAAAGAACCUCCUAAAGGAAAAGCUAAGGUAGAGAAGGGUGAUUCGGAAGAUUCAGACGUGGCACCGGUCAGACAAUCCCGGAGGAUAGCACAGAUGAAGAUAAAGGAGGAGGCAGAGAGGCGGCAUUUAGAGGAGGUCGCUUUAAGAGAACUCAAAAUGAUACACAAGAAAAAGAACAAAGAUGAGGAGGAGUGGCACGCCAGCGGGGCGAGCAGCUCGGAGGGGUCGCGGUGGCGGCGGUGGGGGGCGCGCGGGGGCCGCGGGGGGCGCGGCGCGGGGGCGGAGGGCUGGCGCGCCGCCGACUCCACCGGGCCCGACCAGGACUCCGACUCCGACGAGCCGCUGUUCGAGCUGCACGAGGAGCCCGACCUUGACUUUAACAAAUCCGAUCACGAAUUUUCACCGGAAUCUGACUUGGAAUCGGGCGAACCAGCCGAGCCGUUGAAGAGAGCACGGACAUUGCAAGAAGGUAAAGACGACGGUUUCUGCAAACGUUGCGGCAGCGGCGAGCAGCCGGAGUGGAUACUGCUGUGUGAUAGAUGCGAUGAAGGAUAUCACGCGUCCUGUCUCAAGCCGAUGCUGUUUCUGGUACCCGAAGGAGACUGGUUCUGUCCUGGAUGUAACCACGAAAAUAAAACCCCAUCGCCCACUGAUGCGGCGAGUUUAGUGAGAGGAUUUGCCGUAUCAAUGCAAUUAGUCCGCACCCAAAAUGUUACUCAUAGGCGAGAAGUGUUGGUCCGUGCUUCUUUUCCAUCUGCCGUCAUUGUGACCCAUCAGGGAAUUGGGCGACCCCUGAUGUAUCAAGCCUAUUUUUGUACUAUGAUGAGUGGAGUAAACAGAGCGCGUAUAGGGCCGCUGCCUGGGGGUCGCCAGGGCUCGCCCGGAGCUGGCGCCGGGUCGAGCAGAAUGCGAGCCAGCCAACCCCGAGGGCCGGCACGACCAUCUCGCCGGCCCACUCCACCAUCACCACCAGCUGGCUUGGGUCCGGCAGGGUCUUCACAGACCCAGCAAUCGGUCCCCGCCGCUGGGCGACAGGGUUAUCGGGCAAGAUUGCUUGCUGCGUUUCGUACCCUGGAGCCUUCGCUGUCUGUUACGGCGCAAAAUUUGGCAGAUCGAGUUCGCUUUAUUCUUCGGAGAGAAAUCUUUACUCCAGCAAAACUCGGUCAACUACGACUCGAGGUUGUGUCGUCUAUGAGUCCCGGUAGCAGAAGGCGGAGUAGCAUUGCGCGCAGCACCAUAUGCGACUCCAAUGCUACAGUAGCCAGUCCUGCUCCUGCUGAACGGGAAGGGUAG